AAUUCAAAGCAACAGGAAGUUUCUGCAAAUAGAUGACAGUAGACGUUCACAUCAAAGCAAUGGGAGAACUUAAUAAUCAAGAACCAAUAACACCAGAGGAAGCACUUAAAUUAUAUACCAACACAUUGAAUUUUAAUGUAAUAAGUCGGUACGAUCCAGGAAUAAAACAACUAUUAUGUCACACCUCUCAUUGCGUUGUAUACAAGUUCAACGAUGAAUCGCAAGAAUGGAUAAAAUCAGAUUACCUGGGUACUUUAGCAUUGUAUGUUCGAGAUUUUAAGGUUCCUCCUUCCAAUAAACAACUUUCUUACCAAGAUUUACAGCAACUUUUCUGUUACGGAUUAAUAUUAUUAAAUAGAAACAAUCCUGACUGUUUCUCAUUGGGAUUAUUACCAAACAAAAUAACCAAACAUUACUUCCCUAAUGGAUUGAAUGAUUCUUCAGUGCUGGAAAUGGAUGUGGAACUAAAUGAUAACUUAAUCAUUGUGAGAAACUUAUUAGGUGAGAUUUAUGGGUUAUGGGUUUUCAACGAAGAAGAUAGAAUAAAAUUGUUCAAAUCUAUAGAAUUUUGUCUUAAUAGUGAUGCCAAAUUGUAUUAGUAUUCAAUAAACAGCAGACAAUUGCUCUACCUUAGAGUAUAGUGCUAAUAGCGUAGAAUAGUUUAUAGUCUGUAUACUAUAUCUAUGUAAGUGGUCACGUGC